AUGCGUAUCGGAACCCUCGUGACUACAGUCCUCGUCAGCGUCGUGGCUCUCUCGUCCGCCCAAGACCGAGAUCGCAAGUCCGGCAACCCCAAGCUCAAGAGCUCCGCGUCCUUUGGCAACUCGGGCGGCAACAUCAAGCUGUGCUCGGACGACUGUUCCAGCGGUAGCUACGCCAAACUCAACCUCGCACGUCUGUACGAAGUCGACGCCAUGGGCCAGGACGCGAGCAACAAGGCCGAAAACUUCAACAAGGCCGACGGGGUCUGGUCGGCACCCGUCUCGAGCUCCCGUGAUGGCGUGAACACGACCACGUACACGUACUCGACGGUCGUCGCGGUCGGCAAGCCCAAAGACGCCAAGACCGCGCAGUUCAACAUGACGGCCGUCGUGUACGAUACGAACGGCACGGCUUGGAACGGGAACCAGACCGUCAAUGUGGCGGCGGGCGCCAUCAAGUUUAGCAUCUCGCUCGGCCCGUGGCCGUUCCUGGCCGACACGAACAAGCUCCGGUUCGGCGUCCGCGUCGAGACGAAGAGCAAGAACGAGACAACGCCCAAGAGCAAGGGCGAGAAGCACGAGGGAAAGCGCGACCCAAAGAACGGCAAGAUCGAUCGCAUGGACCUGGGCGACACCAUGUACCUGGACUCUCCCGCGCAGGCCGUCGUCGACGGCGCGAACGUUGAGAUCUGGUCCAACGUGGACGCGUCGCCGGACGGCGCGAUCGUCCAGUGGGAGUUCCCGCACUACACCAACACGCUGUACUACGACCCCGUCCUGGGGUCCACAGAUCCGACGGUGACCGAUACGGGGGCCGCCAUCACGACGUCUGUCCCAAGCACCACCACGUCAGCGCCAACUACGACAACUGCGCCGCCAGCUACGACCGUGACUGCGGCACCGACGACGACUCCGCAACCCAGCGCCACUGGUGCCGUCACGUCAUCAUUUGCUGCCAUGGCAGCCUUUUCUGCCGCCACUUUGGCUGCCAUCGUUUGAGUGCAUGCUAUUUGAAGGAUGCAAUCCUGCAAUUUGUCGUGCG